AUGAAUCAAAAGCAAACCAACGUGAUGUUUCUGUUGUUAGCCCUAAUAUCGGCAUCGGUUUUCCUACGAUCCGAAGCUGGUAACUAUUGUUCGACAGAAAAUAUAAAUAGCAUACCAGGGUGUUUCGACGCGUUGAAAUUAGCAUCAGGCCAUGAUUACAGAAAGCUAACAAGAGAUUGUUGCAGAGCAGUCUAUUCAGUAAACUCUGAAACUUGCUACUUGCUUCUCUUUCCUGGCAAAGCUUACCCUAUUAUGAUGUUCAGAAACAUUUGUCUUAAUGUUCCACCUUUCUAA